AUGCCGCCGAAGCGCAUGACAGCAAAUCCGGUCAAGCCAGCGCGAUACCGCGCUGGCAAGCCCAUUGCACCGGAAACAUCGGACUCAGACUCAGAUAUUAGCGAUAACGAUACCAACGAAGCCGAGAACAAGGCAAGGGCGAUUCCGCCGCCACCGAAAGCUUCGAGCGCCGCCAAGAUUGCCCGUAGCCUCAGCAAGGUCAAUCUCGAUGAGCGCAGACGCGAGGCACAAGAAAAGGAGAACCUGAGAAUAGCGCGCGAAAAGGCCGAACGAAUCGCCGCCGAAGAAGGCUUCGUGACGGAGGAGGAGGAGGAGGAGGAAGAAGGUGACGAUGGAGAAGAGGAGAGCUCCAGCGAGGAGGAAAGCAGCAGUGAAGAGGAAGCCCCCCGUCGCCUCAUGAUCCGUCCAAAAUUUAUCCCCAAAAACCAGCGCAACGCCGCAAAGGACCAGUCAGCUGCAUCCAAGGACGAAGAUGCACGCUUUGCUGAAGAAGAGGCCCGCCGCAAAGCUGCUGCAGACGCGCUGGUCGAGGAGCAGAUAAAAAAGGACCUUGCAGCGCGUGCGGCGGGUAAGAAGCACUGGGAUGACGACGAGGCGUCGGGGUCAGACGUUGACACGACGGAUGACCUCGACCCGGAGGCGGAGCUGGCCGCAUGGAAGCUGCGGGAGCUGAAGCGGGUUAAGCGCGAGCGUGACCGCAUCGCCGAGCAGGAGGCCGAGUACGCGGAGCGCGAGCGGCGUCAGAACCUGACUCAGGAGGAACGCGAUGCCGAGGACGCCGAGAAGCUUGCGCGCCAGCAGGAGGAGAAGGACGCCAAAGGUAAGAUGUCUUACCUACAGAAGUACUACCACAAGGGCGCCUUCUAUAGCGAUGAGGCCAAGGCGUACGGACUGGACAAGCGUGAUAUCAUGGGCAUGCGCAUUGCGGACGAUGUCAAGGACCGGAGCGCUCUGCCGGAGUACCUGCAGAAGCGCGACAUGACGAAACUGGGCAGGAAGGGUGCGACAAAGUACAAGGACCUCAAGAGCGAGGAUACCGGCCGGUGGGGCGAGUUCGAUGACCGUCGUGGGGGUGACCGGAGGGGCUUCAACAAGUACGACGUGGAUGAGCGGUUCAGGCCGGACAACGACCGCGAAGUCAACGGUGCAAACGCAAUUCCCCUGGGUGAUCGCAAAGCACCAGACGGUCCAAAGCGUGGCUGGCCUGACAGAUACCGGUCUCGCGAUGACUUUCGUCGGGAUCAGUCCGGAUCGAGAUCACCGCGUCACCGCUCACGAGACGACUACAGAGACAGGCGGAAGCGCAGUCCGUCGCUAGAUAGAGACCACCGGGACAGCGACAAACGGCGGCGCGUAGACUCGUAG